AGCGCUGUGCAGCUCUUUCUGAAGUUCGAUUAGAAAGGCGCCGAGUUUUUUGAGUACACGUGGUUUCUCAACGCAAAGCGCCAGUGAAAGACAGCAAGUAAAUUCCAGGAGGGGCAGUAUUUGGCACUCAGUGAAGUUUUACCGGCCUUGGUAGGAAUAGCGUCUUCAUCGUGGAGUGUUUGCACGUUGACAUACUUAGGCCACUUGGCUCCGGUAGCAUUGUACGUUACAUCAAAGUAGCGGAGACAGAGCUACUCAUAAGGAGAAGGCUGAUUUAAAAAAUGGCAGGAAAAAUGGCUUCUCUGUCAUUAGAAGACGGCUCCGUCUUCAGGGGCCGCUUGUUUGGAGCAGAUACUUCAGUGUCUGGUGAAGUUGUUUUUCAGACAGGAAUGGUUGGCUAUCCAGAGGCACUAACAGAUCCUUCCUAUAAAUCCCAAAUUCUAAUCCUCACAUACCCUCUUGUUGGAAAUUAUGGCAUUCCGAAGGAUGAAGAAACAGAGUAUGGUAUAAGCAAGUGGUUUGAAUCCUCUAAAAUCCAUGCUUCUGCUCUUAUCAUUGGAGAAAACUGUCAACAACCUAGUCACUGGAGUGCGGCCCUUUCUUUGGAUCAGUGGCUGAAAGAACAGGGUGUUCCAGGACUUGAAGGCAUAGAUACAAGAAGUUUGACCAAGAAAAUCAGAGAAAAAGGUACCAUGCUGGGAAAGCUUGUUGUGGAAGGUACUUCACUUGACCAGAUUCCUUUUGAUGAUCCAGACAAGAAGAAUUUAGUUAAGGAGGUCUCUAUAAAGGAACCAAUAUUGUUUAAUCCAAAUGGCAAAGUGAAGAUUGUGACUGUGGAUUGUGGUCUAAAAUAUAACCAGCUUCGGUGUCUUUGCGAAAGAGGAGCCUCGGUAACUGUUGUGCCAUGGGACUUUCCUUUGGAUAUUAAAGCUUAUGAUGGUUUUUUCAUCAGCAAUGGCCCUGGAGAUCCUGUGUUCUGCAAAGAAACAAUUGAAAACAUACGUAAAAUAAUUUUUCAAGAGUAUCCUAAACCUGUGUUUGGUAUUUGCUUGGGCCAUCAACUCCUUUCCCUGGCUAUUGGAGCUAAAACAUACAAAAUGAAAUAUGGAAACAGAGGACACAACCAGCCAUGCCUUCAUAAUGACACAAAGCGUUGUUUUAUCACAUCUCAGAAUCAUGGAUUUGCUGUGGAUCCAAAAACUGUACCUGAGGAUUGGUCAGUUCUCUUCACAAAUGCAAAUGACCAUUCCAAUGAGGGUAUUGUCCACAACUCAAAGCCAUUCUUCAGCGUUCAGUUCCAUCCAGAACACAAGGCUGGACCCGCAGACCUUGUCAGUCUUUUUGAUGUGUUUUUGGAUGCUGUAAAGGACUUAAAAGAUGGAAAAAUGGAAACAACUGUUAAACAAAGGCUGACAGAACAUUUGACGUAUAGGAGAAGUCCUAAACCUGAUGAAAUUAUACGUCCUCACAAAGUUCUUAUUUUGGGUUCUGGUGGUCUGUCAAUUGGGCAAGCAGGCGAGUUUGACUACUCAGGAUCCCAGGCCAUAAAAGCACUUAAAGAGGAAAAUAUUCAGACUGUUCUCAUUAACCCUAAUAUUGCAACAGUACAGACAUCUAAAGGACUGGCAGACAAAGUGUACUUUCUUCCAAUAACGUUGGAAUAUGUCACAGAGGUUAUUAAAAAUGAGCGUCCUGAUGGGAUCUUGCUAGCUUUUGGUGGCCAGACUGCCUUAAAUUGUGGGGUGGAGCUGACAAAGAAAGGAGUGUUAAAAAAGUAUAAUGUUAGAGUGCUUGGAACACCAGUGGCUGCUAUUGAAAUGACAGAAGACCGGAAGGUUUUUGUCGAUAAGAUGGAGGAAAUUAAUGAACAUGUUGCCCCUAGUGAAGCAGCAUUGUCACUAGAGCAGGCUUUGGCUGCUGCUGACAGACUUGGUUUUCCAGUUCUUGUGCGUUCAGCGUUUGCUUUAGGAGGACUGGGGUCUGGAUUUGCCAAUAAUAAAGAGGAACUGACCUCUCUGGUAGCGCAGGCCUUUGCUCAUACUUCCCAAGUUCUUAUAGACAAAUCACUCAAAGGAUGGAAAGAAAUAGAGUAUGAAGUGGUCAGGGAUGCAUAUGACAAUUGUAUUACGGUAUGCAACAUGGAAAAUGUUGAUCCAUUAGGAAUUCACACUGGAGAAUCUGUUGUUGUAGCUCCUAGUCAGACACUGAACGAUUAUGAAUAUAAUAUGUUGAGAAACACAGCACUCAAAGUUAUUCGGCACCUUGGCAUUGUUGGGGAGUGCAAUAUCCAGUAUGCACUUAAUCCAGAGUCAGAACAGUAUUAUAUAAUUGAAGUUAAUGCUCGUCUUUCUCGAAGCUCUGCCCUGGCUAGCAAAGCUACUGGUUAUCCUUUGGCCUAUGUUGCUGCAAAAUUAGCACUUGGCAUCCCUCUUCCUGUACUUAAGAAUUCUGUCACAAACUCUACUACUGCAAACUUUGAACCCAGUCUUGAUUACUGUGUUGUGAAAGUACCACGAUGGGAUCUCAGCAAAUUUCUUCGAGUGAGUACAAAAAUUGGGAGUUCAAUGAAAAGUGUUGGAGAAGUAAUGGCUAUUGGCCGUAAUUUUGAAGAAGCUUUCCAGAAGGCUCUGCGAAUGGUGGAUGAAAAUUGUGUUGGAUUCGACCACACCAUUAAAUCGUCUUCAGAUGAGGAGCUGGAGACGCCAACAGAUAAAAGGAUUUUUGUACUGGCAGCAGCCCUUAGAGCUGGGUAUUCUGUGGACCGUUUGUAUGAACUUACUAAGAUUGAUCGUUGGUUUCUGAACAAGAUGAAAAAUAUUACUGAUCACACUGCAGUUUUAGAGACUUACAGACCAGAUGAGACCGACAUACUUCCUGAAGUACUGUUAAAAGCCAAACAGCUGGGUUUCUCAGAUAAACAGAUUGCACUUGCUGUUCAAAGCACAGAACUUGCUGUAAGAAAGUUGCGACAGGACUGUAAGAUUCUUCCUGUUGUAAAACAGAUAGAUACAGUAGCUGCAGAAUGGCCAGCACAGACAAAUUACUUGUAUCUGACUUACAAUGGAAUGCAGCAUGACUUGGAGAUGAGUAAACAGCACAUAAUGGUCAUUGGCUCAGGAGUAUACCGAAUUGGUAGCAGUGUCGAAUUUGAUUGGUGUGCUGUGGGUUGCACUCAGGAACUUCGUAAGAUGGGAUAUCAAACAAUUAUGGUAAAUUACAAUCCAGAAACUGUCAGCACAGACUAUGAUAUGUGUGACAGACUAUACUUUGAUGAAAUUUCCUUUGAGACUGUAAUGGAUAUUUAUGAACUGGAAAAUCCAGAUGGCGUUAUACUUUCCAUGGGAGGACAGUUACCUAAUAAUAUUGCAAUGGCACUUCAUCGGCAGCAGUGUAAAAUUUUGGGCACCUCUCCAGAAUCUAUUGACUCUGCAGAGAACAGAUUUAAAUUUUCUAGGAUGUUAGACACUAUUGGAAUAAGUCAACCCCAGUGGAAAGAACUAUCAGAUUUACAGUCUGCUAUACAGUUUUGUGAGAAAGUAGGUUACCCCUGUCUGGUUCGUCCGUCUUAUGUUUUAAGUGGAGCGGCUAUGAAUGUUGCUUAUUCUGACAGUGAUCUGAGAACAUUCCUGAACAACGCUGUAGCUGUUUCAAAGGAACAUCCAGUUGUGAUUUCCAAAUUCAUUCAUGAAGCUAAGGAAAUAGAUGUUGAUGCAGUAGCUUCUGAUGGGAUGGUAAUCGCCAUAGCAGUUUCUGAACAUGUUGAGAAUGCAGGUGUUCAUUCUGGGGAUGCCACACUAGUUGCCCCUGCUCAGGAUAUCAAUCACAAAACAAUGGAAAGAAUCAAAGCCAUUGUGCAUGCUGUUGGUCAAGAACUCCAAGUGACGGGACCAUUUAACUUACAGCUCAUUGCUAAGGACGACCAGCUGAAGGUGAUUGAGUGCAAUGUACGAGUAUCUCGAUCAUUCCCGUUUGUGUCUAGGACACUUGGAGAGGACUUGGUGGCAUUGGCCACCCAAGUUAUUAUGGGAGAGGAGGUGGAGCCUGUAGGACUGAUGACAGGUGUUGGUAUUGUAGGAGUAAAGGUUCCACAGUUUUCAUUUUCUCGCCUGGCUGGAGCAGAUGUUGUCCUUGGGGUAGAGAUGACAAGUACUGGUGAAGUUGCCUGCUUUGGUGAGAACAGAUAUGAAGCAUACCUAAAAGCCAUGCUAAGCACAGGCUUCAAGAUUCCUAAAAAGAAUAUUCUUCUUUCUAUUGGAAGCUACAAGAACAAAAGUGAGCUUUUGCCUACAAUUCAAACUUUGGAAAGUCUGGGAUAUAAUCUUUAUGCAAGUUUGGGGACUGCAGAUUACUAUACUGAACAUGGAGUUAAGGUAAUGGCUGUUGACUGGCCUUUUGAGGAAGAGGACAAUGGAUAUCCUAUGAAAGAAAAGCAGAGAAGCAUCAUGGACUAUUUAGAAGAAAACCAUUUUGAUAUGGUUAUCAACCUUUCCAUGAGAAACUCCGGAGGGCGCCGUUUAUCUUCAUUUGUUACAAAAGGGUAUAAGACAAGGCGCCUUGCUGUUGAUUACUCUGUGCCACUCAUCAUUGACAUCAAAUGCACUAAACUGUUUGUAGAGGCCCUGCGCCAAAUUGGGGAUGCACCUCCUGUGAAAACCCAUGUGGAUUGCAUGACAUCUCAGAAACUUAUUCGCUUACCAGGGCUGGUUGAUGUUCAUGUGCACCUACGAGAACCUGGAGCCACUUAUAAGGAAGACUUUGCAUCUGGCACAGCAGCUGCACUUGCAGGGGGGAUCACAAUGGUGUGUGUCAUGCCAAACACAGCUCCAGCUAUUGUAGAUCAAGGCACGUUUACAUUAGCACAAAAGCUAGCACAAGAAGGUGCCCGUUGUGAUUACUCUUUGUUUCUUGGAGCCUCAUCUGAUAAUGCUACCACUUUGCCCUCCAUUGCCAGUUGUGCUGCUGGUCUCAAGAUGUAUUUAAAUGACACUUUUUCAACACUGAGGAUGGACAAUGUAUCUCUCUGGAUGGAGCAUUUUGAAAAGUGGCCCAAGCAUUUGCCUAUCGUUGCUCAUGCAGAACGACAGACCAUUGCAGCUAUCCUAAUGGUUGCUCAGCUGUAUCAGAGAUCAGUUCACAUCUGUCAUGUUGCAAGAAAAGAGGAGAUUCAUUUAAUACGAGCAGCAAAACAGAAGGGAAUCCAAGUGACAUGUGAAGUAGCCCCCCAUCAUCUUUUCCUUUGUGAAGAUAAUGUGAAGGAGAUUGGACUGGGUAGAGCUGAAGUUCGCCCCAUGCUUGGCACAAAAGAAGAUAUGGAUGCACUCUGGGAGAAUUUAGACAUUAUUGACUGCUUUGCCUCAGACCAUGCGCCUCAUACCGUAGAGGAAAAGGAUGGGAGGAACCCCCCACCAGGAUACCCAGGCUUGGAAACAAUGCUCCCUUUGCUGCUCAAUGCCAUCCAUGAAGGACGACUAACUGUUGAUGACAUAAUCAAGCGCAUGUAUGAGAAUCCUCUGCGCAUUUUCUCUCUGCCUGCCCAAGAGAACACUUAUGUGGAGGUGGAUUUGGAACAUGAAUGGGUCAUCCCAAGCCACAUGCAAUUUACAAAAUCGAAAUGGACUCCUUUUGAAGGAAUGAAAGUAAAGGGGAAAGUCCGGAGGGUAGUACUGCGAGGUGAGGUUGCCUACAUAGAUGGCCAGAUUUUGGUGCCUCCAGGUUAUGGUCAAGAUGUGAGGAAGUGGCCACAAGUGAUAACCUCUCCUCCUCCUCCUCCUCCUCUUCCAUCAUCUGUUCUUCCAGUUAAAGAAAUUGUUAAGACCCCAGAGCAUCAUCGGCAGUCUACAGAAGCUAUUCGAUCCCGAGCACCCAGUCCUCGUAGAAUAGGUAAUGCAUUGGCUACAGACAGCCGGUUCAUCCUUCCUCCUAGAGUUCAUCGUUGCUCAGAUCCAGGAUUGCCUCCAGGUACAAGAAAACCUGCCUCCAUAGCCUUUAACUCAAGCAAAGGCAUUGCAACCCUAAAAUUUUCAUGCUCAUUAUCAUCAGCUGAAGAGUCAAAAGAGAAACCCUUGAGGAAAGCUGUAGAAUCAGAGUUAACCUCUGUCAUUGACCACUACAUGCACCCGCUUCCCUUGGCACGUAUAACUUCUCCCCAGCACCAGGGAACCCAAAGUGUGCCUCACCCACAGACCUCGCCUUUUUUGCAUCCACUUAUUGGACAACACAUCCUUUCUGUAAAACAGUUUAGCAAAGAGCAGAUGUCACAUUUAUUCAAUGUUGCCCAUAGCCUUCGUAUAAUGGUCCAGAAAGAGAGGCCACUGGAUAUUUUAAAGGGAAAAAUAAUGGCAUCUAUGUUUUAUGAGGUCAGUACCAGGACUAGUAGUUCUUUCUCUGCUGCUAUGCAACGCCUUGGUGGUUCUGUGGUCCAUUUUUCAGAAUCCACAUCAUCCACACAAAAAGGCGAGUCUCUGGCUGAUUCAGUGCAAACUAUGAGUUGCUAUGCGGAUGUGUUAGUGCUUCGACAUCCACAACCUGGUGCUGUUGAGAUGGCUGCAAAACACUGCAGAAAGCCUGUCAUAAAUGCGGGCGAUGGAGUUGGAGAACAUCCUACUCAGGCUUUACUUGAUGUAUUUACAAUUCGUGAAGAGCUGGGCACUGUUAAUGGCAUGACUAUCACUAUGGUUGGAGACCUGAAACAUGGACGUACUGUACACUCCCUGGCAAAGCUCCUUACUCAAUAUAGGAUCACUCUUCGUUAUGUUGCACCUAAAAAUUUACACAUGCCUACAGAUAUUGUUAAGUUUGUGGCAUCAAAAGGAAUCAAACAGGAGGAAUUCGAUAGUAUCGAGGAGGCUCUUCCUGAUACAGAUGUACUUUAUAUGACCAGGAUUCAAAAAGAGCGGUUUGCUUCAGAAUUUGAGUACAGUGCUUGCUUUGGCCAGUUUAUAUUGACACCACAUAUUAUGACUCGAGCGAAGAAAAAGAUGGUGGUAAUGCAUCCCUUACCAAGAGUAAAUGAAAUAAGUGUUGAAGUGGAUACUGACCCUCGAGCUGCUUACUUCAGACAAGCAGAGAAUGGCAUGUACAUUAGGAUGGCUCUGUUGGCUACGGUUCUGGGAAGAUGAUCAUCAAAACCAAAUGGGGAGCCCGAUUUUCUGAAACACUGAACUACUGAAUCAACUUUUGGAGACUGCAUUUAUUUUAAUGCUGAUGUAAAAUCUUCAGACGGAAAAUUGCAUUUUAAAAGGGUUUUUAGAGAGAGACCCCUAAAGUGGAUCUGUUACAGAAUAUGCUUAAGCGCAUGGUAUACUUAGCAGCAUUUUUUUUCUGGGAAAUGUACCAUGAAAUUAUUUUUGUUAAUUACUACAUCUUUUUGUCUUGUUCUUAUAAAAAAAGUGUUAAAAAUAAUAAUCAUUUGUUACAAAAUAUAUAUGCAGCUGCACUUCAUGAAAAAUACCCAUAAUAAAUUAACAUUUUGCAGUAUUUGGAAAAAUCAGUCUGCACUGAUGUAUACAAAUGCAAUAAAGUUUAAUUGACCUUGGCAUUCUAAUAAAAGCAAUAAUAAAUUC